AUGAUAGGAGCAGUGUCAUUGGCCGGUUCACAAGGAGGUUUGUGGUCAGUUGAAGGCGGAAACUGGAGAGUCUGUGGUUUGCUUUCCAGCUCCAAAGCAACAGUGUACAAGAAUACCAAGAUAACAGAAGUAGUAAAAACAACAAUGGCGGUACUGAAAGGCCUGUCUACACAUUAAAAGGUGAUGGCAACAUUCCAGACAGACGAUACGACAUUGUGAUUAUUGCUGCCCCAUUAGAAAUUAGUAGCUAUUUCUUUGAUUGUAAAGGCUGCAGAAACUGGCCCUCUCCUAAAGAACUGGGUGAAUUCUGGCGCACAGAAGCAACGUUUGUGCACGGCCAUGUCAACUUGACACAUUUUGGGUUUGGAACUGAAUAUGACAUCCCAGAAGUGAUUGGCACAACAGAGACCCCCUAA